CGGCCCCAGCCCCGGCCCCAGCAUGGACGUGCGAGCCCUGGCGCUGCUCGCCCUCGCCCUGGCGCUCGUCUCCCUCUCGGAGGAGAAGCCUGUCAGCCUGACUUACCGAUGUCCCUGUCGCUUCUACGAGAGCAACGUGGCCAGAGCCAACAUUAAGCACCUCAAAAUCCUCUCCACACCCAACUGCUCACUUCAGAUUGUUGCAAGGCUCAAGAACAACAGCAAGCAAGUGUGCAUUGAUCCCAAGUUAAAGUGGAUCCAGGAAUAUCUGGAGAAAGCUUUAAACAAACCACGUCAUCGCACUCAUAAAAAAAAGCAACAGAAGAAACGGGGCCUACGCUGCCCUUCCCGUGCAACACCAGUAAAGUCUCCAGGGAGAAAGAAUGGAGGUUCAAGAUGUAAGAGGCAAGCAUUGUAAGCCGUCUGCAGGAUUUCUUACUAUAGGACCCAGAGAGCAGAUAACCAGUUGUAGGGAAGGAAACAUUUCACUGUUAUCAUGCUACACAAAAGCAACGCUUCAUGCCUUUACAUUUGUUCCCCCCACCAAAUUGGCUUGCUUUCACAGUACUAUUCUCAUAUAGUAAGAUGUACUUGUUUUGAGAAAAAAAAAAUCUUUAUAUACAGGUUGGUUUAUUACCUAGCACAGAGGGCAGAUAUGAAUUUAAACUAAUCCUAUGUUAUUAUAUAACAUUUUAUUUCAUUUGCUAUGUAGAGGUUCUGCGUUAUUUAACUUUCUUUCGGUUCAUGCAAGUCUCUUGGAGAUUUAAACUAGAAGGACAUGAACUGUACAGUGCAAUGAUGUUGUGCAAGUAGUGGUGGAGCUCUGUGACCCCUGAAGUCAGGCCAAGAACAUAGGAAGGCUCUAAAAAGCAUCAGACAUCGGUAAGAGCGGACAGCACUAUCAUGGGCACCAAUUACAGGUAUUUUGACUAAGGGAUUAAACUCGGGGCUACAGGACUAAAGCCGUGGGUGGGUGGAUCAAUAUAUCUGCUAUUGCAAAGUGGUAGGAGCCACAGCACUGAUCUGGUGUCACCUGGCAUUUCCUAUGUUCCUGUGUUUCUGACAACAAGUUUUAGCACAAAAGGUUUUUUUUUUUUUAAUAUUUAACUAUGUGAUCGUGUUGGGAAUUGCCAGAGCAGGCAGAGAUGCUGCCACGCACUGGGUGUCUGCUAGGCCCAUCUGCAGGAGGAGGUCUCAGCCACCAGCCUAGGUGGAGGUGCCUUGGGAUGAGCCUUCACCAGCUGUGAAGUGCUGUAGCCUCGAUUACUGAACAGCUAGCUGAGGGCUCCAGCAUCUUUGGUUGCUCUGGAUAGAUCCCUGAGGAGGAUAUCAUGUCUUUGGAGAAAAGAGAUACCUGGGGCAAGAGAGGAAAUAGGGAGGGUCUGCCCAUUUUGCCAAAAGAGCGGUGUUUCAUAGGCAGACAGCCACUGUACCAGUAGCAGUGGUUCUGUUUGCUCGUGGAAUAAUCUAUCUUCUAGAAUUUCCUCUGCAAAGGAAGGAAUACCUCCAGGAAGAAAUACCACUUCUUGCAUCACCUCCCUCUCUCAACCAGAAAUUUCUUUUUCUCAAAUCUUACCUGUAAAGCAAAUAUCUUUGCUAUAUAACCUAUGGAAGGAGACACCUGAAGUACUGCAGUAAUGAUAUUAUGCUGUGCACUGUGAUCUGGGGAAGCACACACUGUCCAAACUGUGUGCAGCACAGUACUUAUGUUCGUAUGUAUUUGUGUGUGUAUUGAAAAGCAACUGUAACUGCCUAACAUUGCAUGUUUUUGCUGGGUGGGUUGCUUCAAAAGGAAUCUCUUACCACAGCCUGUGUCAGGAACACUGAAAAGGAUGUUUCACUGAUCCCUCUUUUUUUUUUGUGGCAGGCAUUUUUAAUGCCAAAGAGCCAUUUUGGCUAGCCCGGGACUGCCUUAUUUUGCAUUGGAUUCAGGUAACCGUCCUGUAUGUGUUCUCCUGUCUGUAAAAUGGUGCUAUUACAGAGUCCUUCAGCUGGGACCAAAUCACCUCUUUUGCUUUUAAGUGGAAACCAAGUACUAUACUAAAAUAUGUGGAUGUGAGUUUGUUUUUCCCUCUGUUGUUACCAUGAACAAUUAUUGUUGUUACCAAGCUGGUGCUUUUCGUAUCAUUUAUUUCUGUUUUGUAAGGUCUGAUGCCACUGUACCUGGGGAGAAUUUGAUGGUUGAUUUCAAUGAGAGUAGAAUCAGAGUCUCUACUAUAGGAGUAAAAGCAGAAAGAACUUGCAUGAGAAAAUUGAGUCUUUUGUAUCUUCGCUGGACUGCACUUUAUAUCCUACAGUCCAUCUCCUGUCCUCACAUGAGCAUCUGCAACUGCUAAUAGUUUGCCAAGAGGCUGACAUGUGAGUGUGAAAGCCAAGAAUGACUUUGGGGAAAGAUGGAAGAGUUUUGGAUCUGAUCCUGACAUGGAACUUGUCUUUCUCACGCCCAGGAAGGGGCAUUCCUCACAUGUGCUUGCCAUCCAACAACAGCUUGAGGUCUGAUCUCUUCCCACUGCAGUUAGUGAAGAAUUAAAUAAUCCUGUUUUUAAUUCAACAGCAUACCUUGCUGAUGGUAGAGGUCAUGGAGAUUUCAUUUUUAGGGGGAAACACUGGCUUUCCCUUAAAAGCAGCAGUACAGAGGAGAUGCCACCAGUUCAGGCUUACUACCCAAACAGCCCGUAGCGUGGGGUAUUUGGCCACCCACGCAAGGUUUGGGCAUAUCCCUGGCUACUUCAUGUCCCUCCAUUCCUUAGGAAGGUCCCAAAUUCAUUGGAUUUGAGAGCCCUGCGCCGCAGUGACCUGGUGGGAUGGUGGAUGAGGCUGCACAGCCUCGGCAGCGUUCGGCGCCAGGCCCCACCAAGAGGGAGCACACUGGGAUUGGCACAGGCGGGAAUGGUCUCCGGGCACAGGCCCACGUGGCAGCCCGAGCGGCCCCUCUGCCUUGGCAGGACACUGGGAAGGGCAGUGCUGGAUCCCAGUGCGGCCCUGGGCAGCACAGCUAUAGGGUGAGGAUGUUGCAGGCCAUGGGCAGACUUCUCCUUGCAGGGGCAGGUUAGUGGGCAUUCCGGGAGCAUUGGGACAUUUGCUACUGGGAAAGGGCAUUUGCUACUGUGAGAAGUGUGUCAGUCGCAGAAGGGAGGAAAGGGAUCCCUGCAAGGCUAAGGAGCCUUUGCAGACAGGUGACAUCCCCAGCACCGCCAGCAUUUCUUGGGAAUCGCAUGGGGUGUCCUGGGCCCCGAGACCCCUGCACUGCCGAGGAUUCACUGUGCACACCUGAGAGCUCGGGGCUGCUCCUAGGGGCUGAUUGCAGUCCCUCUGCUUGCUCCGUGCCGGAGCGCGGUUCCCUCGGGCAGGCUUUGGUAGUGUGAACGCAGGGGUGCAGCAGGCCUGUCCCUGAAGACAGAGCUAAGUGAGAAGCCUCUAAAAGCUCUCCUGCCUCCCACCAAACCAUAACCUUGAGCGGGCAGCCUUCCUGCCGAGGGACAUCUGCUGAGGACCACUGAAUUGAGAGGAGCCCUUUGCUGGGGGCCACAGGCUGCAUCCAGCGUCUUGUGCAGCUCUCUGCCCUGCGCUGCCUUCCUCGUGAGGCAGCACCAACACAAACCUGCUUGGGAAGGGCCUAGAUUUCCCUUUCUGCUUUUAACUGUUGACCAAAGACCAAAUCAGGGAAAGGAAGGAUGGGGAGAUGGGAGUGAUGUAGGGACCACACGUGAACAAGGGGGGAAAGAGACAGCACUGAAGCAAUGCUGAAAGAGCAGAUUCCAUAAAUGUGAAAUAGUCGUGUGUGGCGUGAUCCGAACUGCAGCUGUCGAAUCCUAAGUUCGUUUAUUUUGUAAGAAUAGAUGGUAUUUAUUGCUGUGCCAAAUUAUUUUUAUUUAUGAUAGCUUUACACUUGUAUAUAUGAAUAUCUUAUCUGAAUUCUGCCUGAGGAAGGAUGAAGGUGAUUUUUUGAUGUGUUUUUAACUAAUGUGUUUGAGCAUAGGUGACUGUUCAUUGGUCUUUUGUGGGGAAGGCUAUAUUCCAAGUUAAAUAUACAUAUUAUACUGAAAAUGCAGUACCUGCAAAAGUUUCUGUUGCUAUUUUCCUUUUGCUCUAACCUGGAGAGUCUUUUUUUGGAUUGAUGCAAUUUAUAGCAACCAGGGGCUUCUGAGAAGUCAUCACGUAAAGUCUGGAUUUUUUAUCUACCACCUCCACAUGAAGCCAGAUCUUACCGGCAAGCAAGAAACGCUGAUGGCCACAGAGAAGAAAAUAUUUAUCG